AUGCCAAACCAAACCCGCACCUACGGUGAUCUGAAGGUCACUUUGACCUCCGAGUAUGAAUGGGUCUGGGCGGACACAGGUACAGGUGCAGCUAAAGCCGCUACUUUUUGGCAUCCAAAGUCCCAGUCUGGAGACUUUGGAGGUAUGCGCCCCUUGGGCACUGUCGGCGUUGACCACUACAACAAUAUCAAUAAGAAACAAGCUACCCUCCUCGUAGGGGCCACCAGCGAUUCAAACCCCGCAGUCAAAUCCCCAACUGGCUACACGAGAAUUUGGAUCUCUAAAGGAAUGGGGGGAAAGUAUGAUAACUCUACAUGGAGACCAAUUCCUCCACCGGGAUAUUUGUCGAUGGGUGACGUUGUCUUGGAUUGCACAAAGACGACAUGGGAUCAACAGCCAAGUACUGACAAAGUCUGGUGUUUACGAGCUGAUCUCACAAAGCGUGCUGUCUACUCUACCAGCCCAUAUUGGGACGACUCGAAAGGCGGUGGCAAUUAUGAUUGUAGCGUGUGGCAAGUAGUUCCGGAACCCAUUGUAGGCAUGGGUGACAAGAACAUUCCCAUCACUGCUGGUACCUUCCGAGGACAUCAGAGCUACUCUAAGCCCGACUCAGUCUAUGCUUUAGUUCCGGUACUACCUUACGAGAAACAGUAUAAGAGAUUUGAGGCCUCGGUCCCUAAGAUCUCAUCGACUGAAAUUCCCACCACAGGAGAUCAAUAUUCAUUUAGCGAGCAAUGUCGCGUUGCUCUGCCUUUCAUUUCUUUCUUCGACAGUAAAGAUGAAAGAAGCCUCGACUUUAUCCAAAACCCCUUUAUUGAUUUGAGCAGAUCAAUCGCAUGGAAAGUCGAGGGCGUUUGGGUAAAUGGUGGCGAGGGCACGUACUCUCGCCAAAAAGAAAUAAAGUAUGGCGUCAGUAAGACACAAUCUGAGUCAAUGACACACUCUGCGGGUGUUCAGAUCUCGGCCGCUUCUGGCAUUGGAUGCGUAGAAUACAGCGUCAGUCUCAAUUAUCAAUUUACCUCCGAGAGUUCUUCUUCGUUCACCGAAUUUAGUGAGUCGACGGUGACAGAAAAGUUCGAGGUCCCAGGGAAAAAUGCAAAAGUUUUGUUUAGCAAACACAUCUGGAUCACAGCAUCACGUGCAGAUGGAGGUCAAAUACUGAAACAGCUCGAAGUGGUCGCGAACGAUGAUAUGUAUUUCGCUGGAUGCUCAGUUGACUCCUCGUAG